CAUUUGUUGUUUUCCGAACAUUGAAGUGGAACUAAUGAUUUCGACACGAGAGAAAAUUAUAUGCCACGUUGUCGAGGAAAACAUGCUUUACUUUCAUGGUUUUUAACCGCUUUUCCCCCAAGGCCAAGGCAUCAUUCAACAGGAGUACUGUGAAUUAUUUUUUUUUACAUCCGACUGUACGCUUGUCCAAUGAAAUUGCAAGAAAUGCGUAAUAUGAGCAGCUGUAAAUUUGCCAAAAUCACACGGCAUUUUACCGAUUGUUUAUCGUUAACUGUUCAUAAGUCCGUUACAUGAGCCGAGGAACAGCUGUUCGUUGUGGUAUUCCAGAUAUCAAAUCCAGGAUAUUGAAAUCUGCUUAGCGGAGAGCGAAUAAAAGGUUAGUGGCGUUUUGGUUACUUCGGACAACUAUGAAACACGCUCUUAGACUUAGUCCCAAAUUUUGAAUGAAUAACUUAAAUUGGCCGACACUAGAAGAUAGGCGAUAUCACUCACUCAGUUGUGGUAUGGUAUAGACACCGGUUUUUGGGGUUUUUUUUUCAUAACCGCAACAGCCAUAUUUAGGUGGAUUUUACCAACCGCCAUUGUGCAAUGUUUGCAUCUGGCAUUUAUCAGAAUACUGUUAAUUCUCCUCGUUAUAUGUGGUAGUUUUGUAUUUGAAGUCAACUGAAUAAAUUGAAAUGAGAGAGAUAUUGUUGAAUUUGGUUGCUCCCUUGCCUUGCUGCCUUGUUUAACAUGUUGGCAGCAAAAUGCUUAAUGAUUAUGCUCUCCAUUCUGAACUAACAAUGCGGCAUAUUACAAUUCUUGGCCAGUUUCGCCUACUAGAAAACGUAAACAAAGCCGAUUGACGGUACACAACUUUUGCCUAAAACUGUCGAAUGCAACCUGCUUUGUACUGUGUAAAACAGUAAACGGAAACGAGCAACGGUACUGAGAUAUCAAAAUUACUAAAUUGCCCCUUUUUCAAUUCACAUAGAACGACUUCGAACGUCUGAAUUGUUGGCGUGGUUGUAGGCCGUGAAAAUCAGUGAUGUAAAUAACGUAGCAGUUCGAGCAACUACAGCGUACUAGGGUACCAUACAGGGUGUAUCAAAAAACCUGCAAACACUAUAAUUUGCAUAAUUAUGCUGCUUAAUACUAGCAUUUUAUCUGUGCUACUUAAUUUGCUCCUGGGAUUUGAAAAUACAUUCUAAUUAACCGCGUCGAUAGAAAUUAGAAUAACACAAAGUUUUAGUGUAAUGCACUGAGGCAGCGUUUACACUGUUCCGUUUUCGUAGCGUUCUCGUAUUGUUCGAGAGAACUAGACUAUUGUCUUGCGUUCCCUUGAGGAUUAAGAACAAUACGAGAACGCUACGAAAACGGUACAGUGUAAACGCUGCCUGAGAAAACUAAUUAUCAGUUCGACUGCGAAUGGUCAACUAUUGUGUGACUUGUGUUUACGCACGUUUGGGAUCAAUUAGUUCUGAAUCAUGCAAAUUCUAAAAACAUUGUAUUUCAAUUUUCAAAGAGUUUGCAGGUUUUUUGAUACACCCUGUGGGAUGUUCAAGAGAAUACAAUUUAUCGUCGCCUUUGUCUUAGCCGGAGUUGAUGAGCAUGUCUUCAUUGCCUUUGUUCUAUUUUUAAUAUGCUUCUGUAAACUAGAACGAUGUGAAUUUGGUAGAAACAAACGUUAGCCAAAUUGUCUAUAAACCCGCGUAGAAAACUGUAAUUGUAAAGCCGCCUAGCCUGUUCAUCGUUGGAUCAACAUCGUCCAACUGCUUGAAGCAUAUUGCCUAUUGGGGCAGAACAAAAUUAAAUUUAAAGAGACCUUUUGCUUUGUCUUCCCACGCCGCAGUGGAAAAUCGUGUAUUUGACUUUCUCUUGCUCAUUCAGCUCAUGCAGCGCCUGUUGCCCAAAUGAAAACUGCGCUUAAUAAUAAUAAUAAAGAUUUAUUCAACAGGAUGUCUUUACAAGUAAGGCUCUUCAUCUUUUGAAGACUACGAAACAUACUAAAAUUAAUACAAAGUAUAUAUAUAUAUAUAUAUAGUUAACUACAGUUAAAAUUAUUUACAAUGUUCAAGAAGAAAGUUCUUAAUUGUCUGCAGCGAAAAUGUUUUACGAAAAUGUCGAAUGAUCUAACUGAUGCAGGCAGAGAAUUAAACUGAGCUUAGAUGCGCAGUCUUGAAAGGUGUUAGAUUCUAGUCGUCUAUUAAACUAGAUAUACAAAGGAAGAGGAGAGCAAUGUUCUAGUACAUGAAGUUUUUUCAAGUUUAAGGUGGGAUCGCCAAUUAUCGUUAUUGCCGUAUAUUGUCUCAUGGGUGGUUUUAAGCAUAUGCCAGUCCCGCCGUUCCUUCAUGAGAAGCCAUCCUAUAAUUUUACAAUAGAGUUGGUGUUUUUGAUAUAUCUAUUAUGCAGUUACAAAACUAACAAUACUAGAUACGCGGUGUUAGAAUUCUGUGCUAUUUUCUGGCAUAUCCUGAUCUUGUAAGGGACGCUUUAAUAUGCAUGAUCCCAAUUUGCGUAAAGAUAAUUUACGUAAAAUUACUACUGUUUUUUUACAUGUCUUUUGACUAUGGCCGCGUUGUAAUACACGAUGACGCUACGGCAAAUUGCCAAACGUAGUGGUCCGUAGUUUUAUUAAUACGCUACGGCAAACCACUCCGUUAUAGCGUAAACACAAUACUAAGAAACGUAGUGAAUUUUUAACUCCGUUAUAGUGUAAACUGUAAACACAAUAUAGUCUCAAUAGUAGAGACGUAGUAAAUUUUCACUCACACUCAAUGAGUGGAGGUUCAUUCUGAGCUUCUCUUGAGUGCCAAUUCUGUUUUUUAAUAACUGGAGGGCGAGUAGUCACCGAGUAAGUUACGACACUAACCCUCCAGCUAUUCAAAAACAGCAUUAACACUCGAGAGAAGCUCAGAUUGAACCUCCACUCAUUAAAUGUGAGUGUGAGUGAGCUUUAUAAAACGGGCGAUAGUGUAAAAGCGAUCUAAGUCGUAUGCCGUUGUAUAUUAGCGCAUUCAUAACUUCUGUAUUUAUAUAUAGAGCGUUAAUUUUGCCAUUAUAAAUUCAUUAAAUUGGUCGUAUUUCUCAGUUUAUAUUGUCAUAGCAUAUGUAUAUUAUGUAAAACUUAAUUGAGAAUAAAAAAAAGUUUACCCUUCGGUUGUUCACACAAAAUUAGCGUCUCCCUUAGUAAUCCUCUUUAGACUCGGUUGCGUCUGGGGAAAAACUUCCUUGAAUUCUUCGUAAGCUCGUUUAGAAUGUAAAUUAGAAUUGGAUGCGCCAGCAAUAAAUCUUCCUGACCUUGAAUUUUCUCAAACUCUAAUAGCCAGAAUAGAACUGUCAUUAAAUAAUGUUUGUACUAGUACACUUUGUCUUCUGUGUAAAACAAAACGAAGAAAGGUACACAAUGUUUAUUUUAAUAUUUGAGCAACUUUUUGCAUAUCCAAUUUCCACUUUAACCGUUUCUAUUCGUUGUUUUCCAAACAAUGGGUGGAACUAAUGAUUACGACACGAGAGAAAAUUCUAUGACGAGAAAAUUCUAGACGAGGAAAACAUGCAUACUUUAUUUUUGUGGGAAGUUUCUAACCGCUUCUCCUAACAAAGCACCAUUCAACAGGUCUACUGUAAUUCUGUAAAUUGUUAUUUUUACAUCCGAUUUGUACGCUCGUCCAAUGAAAUACCAAGAAAUGCGUAAUAUGAGCAGCUGUAAAUUUGCCAAAAUCACACGGCAUUUUAUAUCGAUCAUUUAUCGUUCACUGUUCAUAAGUCCGUCACGUUGAGCCGAGGAACAGCUGUUCGUUGUAGUAUUCCAGAUAUCAAAUCCAGGAUAUUGAAAUUUGCUUAGCGGAAAGCGAAUAAAAGGUUAGUGGCGUUUUGGUUAUUUCAGAUUUAGCAAAAGUUGAAUCACUGGCACUGUUCAGCAACUAGGAACAGCUAUGAAAUACGCUCUUCCCAUAGUUUUAAUAACUUAAAUUGGCCGACACUAGAAGAGUAGGCUAAUGAAACAAAAAGCUUGUCUAAUGUUCAAAGUAUUCCACAAAUUAUGCCCAUCUUAUCUUUCACGGCCGUUUAAUCCAGCGAAUUUAAUUCACAGUCCUGAUACACGAGGUCAUGACUACAGUUUUUUAUCGCUAAACCAAACACUAUAACCAUUUUUUUUAAAAAUAGUCUCGAAUAUAAUUGUGGAGCAGUGGUAUGAAAUUCAAUACCAAUUGAAAUUAGGAAUUCCGCCUUAGGCGAGACUUUUUUUAUUGAUUGGUUUACGGAUCCGCAAACCGUAAAUAUUCAGAAAGUGAAAAAUAAAAAAAUAAAUUUUGAUACAACAAUUUUACGAUUUUAGUUAAUUUGGGAUUCUGGCAUGAAGUACACGCCAAGUAAACUUUGACUCUAAGUACUGCUGGCUCAUGUUACGUUGUGAAUUCUGUGCUGUCAAGUCCGGGAUUUUAUGCCGAGAUCUCUGGAUUUUUUGAAGCAGUUGGGAUUUUUUUGGGAUUUUUAUUUUAAAAAGUCAAUCUCGGGAUUUUUUUUUAUAUUUUGAGAAAGGGAAGUUCGAAAUUUAGAAAUCUAUUUGUUGGUAAAAUUGACCAAUAAACAAUUUUGUUAAAAAUCUAGAGUUCGUCCGCUUGUAUUUGAACCCCAUUCAGCUGCAUAUUUAAUGUCAGUUUUCGUUUUUACAACAUGACGUACGAGGCUAUCCUACCCGAAAUUGACGCGAAAACCACCUAAAUAAUAGUGACGUAAAAAAGAUGGAAUACCGGGAAUUUUUAGGGAAUCUCGGGAUUUUUGGGAGCUCACUUGGGAUUUUUACAAAUUGGCAACGCUGGUUGUGAUAAUAGACAUAAUAAAUGUGGAGAUUAGCAUGUUUUCCAAGUAGAAGUUAAAUGUUUAGAAGAUAAACUGCAUCGAUUUUAAAUAUACUCAGUGUCGGGUUUUUUAAAAAUGUUUUUCCGACCUACCGGCCUGCUUUUUUUGAAGUCAAAUCCGUAAACCAAUAAAUAAAAAAGUCUCGCCUUACUAAAAAUAUUCAAAAAUAAACUGUAGGUAUGUCUAGCUUUAAUCCACGUUUACUGCGAUGAAAAAUAUGUUACUGUCACGUGACCAAUUUUGCAUUUUUUCGGACUUUCGAUGACAGGCCUCCGUGCUUAAAUGAAGUUCACUCGCUCACUAAGUUGUGGUAUCGGUUUUUGGUACUUUUUCAAAACCGCAACAGCCGGCAUAUUUAGGUAGAUUUUAUUAACCGCCAGUAUGCAAGCAUCAGAAUAAUGUUAAUUCUUUUUAUUAUGUGUGGUAGUUUUGUAUUAACUAUGUUCUGUAUUAGGAGUCAACUGAACAAAUUGGACUGAGAGAGAUAUUGUUGAAUUUAGUUGUUCCCUCCCUUGCCCUUGGCUUUGCCGAUUUAAAAUGCUGGCAGAAAAAUGCUUAAUGCGGGCGAAUCCGUUCAUGAAAAAGAUUAUGUUCGUUGUUGUACCAACAUCGUCCAACCAAUGCUUAAAGCGUAUUGCCUAUUGGAUCAGGACAAAAUGAAAUUCAAAGAGACCUUUUGCUUUUUCUUCCCACGCUGCAGUCGGAAAAUCGUGCACUGAUUUUUUUGCUCAGGCAUGCGGCCUGUUGCCAAAUGAAAACUGGCCGCUUAAUAAUAUAAGAUUUCUUAAACAUUAUUUUCCUGCAAGUAUAAGGCUCUUCAUCUGUUGAAGACUACGAUACAUACUAAAAUUAAUAUAAAGUAUAUAGUUUAGUACAGUUAAAAUUGUGAAAUCUGCAGCGAAAAUGUUUUAAAAAGUCGCAUGAUUUAACUGAUGCAGACAGAGACUAUAGAGAUUUAAAAAUAAUUCACAGGGGAACAGGAGAGCAAUGUCCUAGUUGGCCAAUUACCAUAUUGCCGUAUAUUGCCUCAUGGGCGGCUCAUGUGCCAGUCUCGUCGUUACUUAUAUUCAUGGCUGAGUAUCUUCUGGUCUGAUAAAACACGCACUGCGAAUGUUUUAAUUAAAUUGCUUCAAAAACGAUCGAUAUAGUAAGUUCAUUGGCGAAGUAAUUUUCCGAAAAUACGUUGUGUUGGUCGAGAAAAUCAAAGUUAAAGUUUAUGUAAAUCAAGGGGAAUCUACCACAUAUAUGUUUCCCUCAUUAAUUAUUAAUCUGUUUUUGAAACAGUGUUAGAAUUUUGUGCUGUUUUCUGGCAUAUCCUGACCUUGUAAGGGGUUGCUUUAAUUAAUACAUGAUCCCAUGAAUUUUUCUGGACGAGACGUGAGGCAGGAUAUGAUUUUGAUGAUGAUCCCGGGAUCUUAUAUGUAAUCAGCCCUGAAUGAUUUUUUGCGGUCAGUCUAGUGCAACCGAUGGUUUAAUCUUGCGGUUCAAACUCCCGUUGCAUGACGCACGAAAUGUUUCUUUGCAUACACAGAUGAUUUAAAUUUCACACGCGGGUGACUUUGAAAUAGUACCUUUUAAACAAACUUCGCGCUUCCAGAAUAAACUAACAGGAAAACCUUUUGUCAUCAGAAAUCAUGAUGCGAGUCAUGAUGCACGUGUCAAACAGAUCGCGUUUCCUACUUGCGUAACUCUUCGACACCACCAACACCCCCCCCCCAAAAAAAAAAAAUUGUACGCUUUUGCGCGUGUUGACAAUGUGCCAGAACAGAGUUUGACUAUUGGUCGAGUAUGACUUUUGGCACAUAUACAUGAGCGUGCUUAUGAACAUGCAUGUGGAAAGUUUGUAUCGCGGGGGAGAAAUCCCCCGCGCACUUUCGAUGCUCUCUAUAUAUUUACUAUUAAAUUUUCGAAAUCUCCCCCGCGCAAUUUCCAAACUUUCUAGUCAGGUGACAGACAGACAGCAUGCUUAAUUUUAGUAUGCUGAUGAGUACGCUCAUGGGAUUUUUUUAUAAAAUUAAAUGAUUCGAAUGAAUUACUUCUCCUAAGACUAAGUGCUCCUAAUAGAAGUUUCAUAUUUUUAUCUUAUACUUAUAUCGCUGAUAUUUUGUCUGCUCUUAAGGACAGGGUUUGUACUCUCUAACAUUAAAGAUUUCGUUUGAUGUAAAAAUUAUUUAAAAUGAGCCUGAAGCUCCGGCAGAAAAAUGAAAAUACCGUUUGUGGACGAAAACCUGGAUAAAAAGUCAUACGAAUAAGAGCAAGCCCCCACGUAACGUGAUAGAAUUACAGACCAUGCACCUAAGUCUAAAACAGCCACACUGACUUUAGAAUGUUGAUGGCAUGCGAUUGAUAACAGCAAUGGCUUUACUCAUGAUUCUGUUUGAUAAUAAAACUGAUCUGGUAUGCCGUAUAUGGUCUUUGCAAUGAACACCUAUAUAUGAUUAUAAAUCAUAGUCCAUAGACUUAAGCAUGCAUGGUCGUAUGAUGAUAUCACAAAAAUUGACGUUGACGAUGUUAAACGAUGACUUGGAGUCGUUAGUCUUUAGGGUAGGAGUGCGAUUAGGAUUGUGUACUUAAAAUGGAAAUUCUCUCCAGCAAACAAUUUAGAGCAAGACCGGACCAUGAAUUUUCCACAUUUGAAAAGAAGUGUAGGAGGCAACUUCAACGUACGUCUUAUACACAUGAACAUGUAAAAAAGACAAUGUUUAGUUUUAAUAAAAUGUCCAUGAAGAGUUCUCAUUGUUAUGAGCAAUAUAUAUAAUUAUAUCAUAUAUGCAUUUCAGGAAUGUCACUCUAAGCAUAUCAUCUGCUGCCUAUAUACUUGUUAUGUUCAGUGUUUCAGAAGAGGACGACAAUUCAGAAGACGCACGAUGGUGUUCUUUCAUUUCAUCAACCUGAUAUUCAUAUUUGCUUUGAACGUAUUGUUCUUUUUCUCAGGAAUAUGUUUAAAUUCCUUGGUCAUACUCAGCUUCCGGAGGUCUGUGCAACUUCGAAAAAAAUUAUGCCAUUUCAUGAUAAUGGUUUUGUCUUGUUGCGAUUUGCUUGCGGUUUUAACUAGUCAUCCACUGACGGCUCUUAAUGCCAUGUUAUUCUUGACUGGAAAGUUGAAUGCAUACCAUGGCCGGGUAUUUAUUUCCAGAAGGUUCUCAACUGUUUUCAUUGUUUUUUCUUUACUCGCUCUUUUGGUGAUGAAUUUUGAUCGAUAUUUGGCGACAUAUUAUCCUUUCUUUCAUCGAACAUCGGUAACGAAGGGAAAACUUUUAAAUAUUCUUGCAAUACAUUUAAUUACUGUGGAAAUAACCCUUGUGGUGCUGCUAUUUCUUAACGUUAUUCCCUAUCAAGUUGCUCUUCUAAUAUUUAUUAUUAUUAUCAUUUUCCCAAUGUUGUUCAUGAACUACAAAUUGUUUACAAUCGCUAGAAAAAGUCGAAUAUUUCGAAACGGAAUAUCGCCCGAGAUGAAAAAGACGUUUUCUUCGAAAAAUAUAUCGAAUGGCUUGCUGGCAGUCGCUUGUUUUGUGGUGCUGAACAUUCCAGUGUUCGUUUAUAUUGGACUAAGAACAACUUCGACAGCAAAAGAAUCUACUUUGGAUAAUGCAAGCUUGGCAUCACUCUGGGCUUCAACCAUAACCUCAAUGAAUUCAACAUUUAACUGCUUAAUCUUUUACUGGAAAAACAAGAUUUUACGCACCGAGGGAAUGAAAAUUAUUACAGGCAUGAAAAUAUGUCGAAGAGUCCAGUCCUAGUCUGACGAUACUGAACAAGGUAGAAAAUAGUUGGGAAACGAAAAACAAGGAAAAUAGAUUUGGCUUUGAAGGAUGAACGAUUAAAGAAAACAAAAAUUUAGACAAAAUGUGAUAGCAGUAAAACAUGUAAUUGCCAGAUGGCAACAGAUGACGUUAUGUACAUAACUUAUGUUAUGAUGAGCGUUGAUGAGCGUGGUUUAAAGGUGCAACUGCUUGAGAAGAAACUUGUCAAAAUUUGUUCUUUAUUCGCAUAAAUUAAGUUAGUUUGGCUCAAGUUGCUUUAUAACUGCAAUGGAGCAAUAAUGAAUGGUCCUAACUGUAACAGUUUAGAACUGAUAGAGCUUGCAAGUAUUUAUACAAAAUUAAAAUUAUGUAGGUUUCAGCUCUGGUAGGAAUACUGAACCAACAUGAAAUGGCUAUAAUUGCAACAUCGUCUAUAGGGAAAACAGUAUUAACAGUUUAGCACUGACAGAGCUAUCAAGUAUAAAUAAAAUUAUAAAAUUAUAGCUUUUUCAACAACUAUAGUCUUAGUUUUUAAGACAUAUUUUCAUAUAUGCAUUACUUUGUGGCAAAGUGAAAUGUGCUUGGACCAGCUGUUUAUAGUGUAUAAUUAAAAUAUAUUAUGAAAACAAACUUUCAUGUUAUAUGUCUCGACCCGCUCUCAAGUUGUUUUCCAAAACUGCAAACUAAUAACUUCUGAAACAGCUGUUUAACUAGAUAUUAUGUGUUACAAGAACUAUCGAUUAUGUAACGUUCUUGUGUAGUCUUUAAUUCUUACAGGCGACAGGGGCAAAAUCCAGCGUGCUCAUGAGCACUACGUUCAUAUAUAUACCAAAGUCUAAUGAUAUGCUCCUAAGCAUUUUUAUAAGGAUAAUGGAUUUUGGUAUAUAUCAGGGUUCUCAAGAGCGUACUGGAUUUUAGUACAUAAAUGAGUGUGCUUAUAUAAACAUAUCUUAUUUUGGUGUCCCAUGAGCACGCUCGUAUAUGUACCAAAAUCCAGUAUGCUCAUGAACACGCUCAUAUACCAAAAUCCAAUAAUAUGGUCUAAUAUGCUCAUGAUAGACAGUAUAUAUAUCAGGGUGCCCAUAAGCGUACUGGAUUUUGGUACAUAUAUGAGCGUGCUUAUGAGCAUACCUUAUUUUGAUAUCUCAUGAGCACGCUCAUAUAUAUGUACCAACAUAUAAUAUGCUCAUAAUCACGCAUGCUCAUAUGUAUACCAAAAUCCAGUAAUAUGCCCAUGAGCAUUCUACUGGUGUUAGUUAAUGCUGUGCCAUCCAGUCACAAUUGAGUGAUCGGAUUAUUCUAGAGAAUUCCCAUUUUAUCAUUUUUAUAGUGCAUGUGAAAUGUAUGAAUUCAUCAUCGUUUAUAGCUUACAAUUGUUAAUAUCAUUGUGUUUUAGUAACAAAACAAAGUAGCCGGAAUGAAUUCCUCGAUUUUGGUAAUCCUACAUUUAUUUUUCUCUCUCACCCAUGGCCUUUCCAAGGGUAAGUUAACUAAAUUAAAUUGUUAGCUGUGAUUUGGCAUAGUUCUGUAUGGUGUGGUAUUGGUAUCGUAUCAUAUGGUAUGGUAUGGUAUGGUAUGGUAUGGUAUGGUAUGGUAUGGUAUGGUAUGGUAUGAUGACCAUGAAGAUUAUGUAUGGUAUGGUAUGGUAGGUUUGGUAUGGUAUGGUAUGGUAUGGUAUGGUAUGGUAUGGUAUGGUAUGGUAUGGUAUGACCAUAAAGAUCAUGUAUGGUAUGGUAUGGUAUGGUAUGACCAUAAAGAUCAUGUAUGGUAUGGUAUGGUUUGGUUUGGUAUGUUAUGCUAUGAUAUGGUAUGGUAUGAUAUGAUGACCAUGAAGAUUAUGUAUGGUAUGGUAUGGUUUGGUAUGUUAUGCUAUAUGGUAUGGUAUGGUAUAUGGUAUGAUAUGAUGACCAUGAAGAUCAUGCAAUGCCAUGGAGUUGAUACAGUUAGACAAGUAAGACAACUUUGUAAAACAAAUAUUAGGAUGCAUGUGGUGGUUUCCACAGAUAAAUGUUCAGUUCUGAUCAACUAAAUGUGUUUCUGAUGUGAUGUUUCAGAUUGUGUCAAGAUAAAUGGCAAACAAUAUUUGAAGCGACCAUACAACAUGAGUGAUUUCAUCAAAAGUCCAAAUGACGAUAUCAACUUGCAGUUCAAAACAAGAAAACCUAACGGUCUACUUUUGUAUAUCAAAGGAGGUCCCACUUCAUACAUUCUUGUGAAACUACAGAAUGGAAAGAUUGUUUUUGAAGUUGAUUUUGGAACAGGUACAUAG